AUGGCCCACUUGGCAUGUGCAUUGAAAUAUGAAGAAGAUGUAGUUUUCAAGUUACUGCGUGAGGAAUUAGAAACAAAUGUUAUGGAGGUUGAAGGGGCUGAUCAAAUACAACAUUUUAGCCAUCAACAUGGUUUAAUUCUUAGCAACGAGAAGCUCAAGAAGGAUGAGCUUUGUGAUGGUUGUAUAAGACCAAUCUCCACCCCGUUUUACAGUUGUACACAAUGCAAUUUUUUUCUCCACAAUAAAUGUGUUCAACUACCAAAAUAUAAGCAGCAUCCACUUCAUCCACACCCGCUCACCCUCUCUAGCGCACAGUCAAUUAGUAGUCUUGGAUCGUUAUCAUGUGACGCUUGUCAACGUCUCAACACUGGCUUCAUCUAUGUUUGUCUAACAUGUCAUUUGACCUUUGACCUUCAAUGUUGUUCAAUUCCGAAAACCUUGAAACAUGAAGGUCAUCAACACCCUCUCUUUCUUGCCGUUAAUUCUAAUAGAAGAAGAUGUCAUGUUUGUAAUUUCAUUUCAGACGACAAACCUUGCAUGUUUGUAUGCACUUAUUGCGAUUUCACCUUGGGUUUCGAAUGUGCAACUCUUCCGCUCGUAGCUAGUCACAAAGAUGACGAUCAUAUCCUCAAGCUCACCUACAGUGCUGAAGCUCAUUGUGAAGAAUACUAUUGUCUAAUUUGCGAAAAAGAAAGAGAUCCCAAACAAUGGUUCUAUUAUUGUGCCGAAUGCGACUUCUCUGCUCAUUCCCAAUGCGUUUUAGGCAAAUAUCCAUACAUUAAGUUUGGAAGUACUUUCACAGACAAAUUUCUUCACAAGCACCCAUUUACUUUUGUCCCAAAUACUGAGUCGUCUCCUCCGUGUGAUGCUUGUGGUAAGACUUUCAAUGGUGUGGCACUAGAAUGCACUCAAUGCAAAUUCAAUUUCCACGUCAACUAUGAUUGUUUAUGGAGAGUACGAUAUCUUGAAGUGAAGAAUCAGCACUCAAUAGGUGAGGAAAGCAUAUCAUAA